AUGUGGGAUUGCCCCGCCGGAGAAUUAAGCAGAGAAGAUUUUAUCGACAUCUACGCAAGCUUCUUCGAGAAGGGAGAUGCUUGCGACUUUGCAAAUAUUAUAUUCAAGGUUUUUGAUAUAAACGGCGACGGAACGAUCGAUUUUGAAGAAUUUCUCAGUGCUCUCUCGAUCACUUCUAAAGGAACGAUGGACGAGAAGCUCGAAUGGGCGUUUCAAGUAUACGAUGUUGACAACACGGGAACCAUCAAUCGUGAAAAAAUGAAGCAAAUUGUCAGGGCGAUGAUAACAAUGGCAGGGGACAAAAAUCCACAGGAGGAUGACGGUAACGGCAUGCUUUCGAAAGAAGAUUUCAUUUCUGCUGCAAAACGUGGCGAAGGCAUCAUUCAGGCUCUUUCUUUCUUAUAA